GCGCAUGUCUGUUCUCAUCAUCAGAUCUUGAAAUGUUUCGGAGCCUGCUGUUCGCCAUCUUGUGGGGAUUAGCAGAGGCCGACAUCAGUCCGGCUCUGGAUGAUCACUGGGAGAUGUGGAAGAAGAUGCAUAAUAAGUUUUACUCUCAUCAGGUGGAGGAGUCUGGUCGCAGGCAGAUCUGGGAAGAGAACCUGCAGAUGAUAAACGUCCACAACCUGGAAACCUCCCUGGGCUUGCACACUUUCGAGCUGGCCAUGAACCACCUGGGAGACCUGACCAGAGAGGAGAUCAGCGGCACCCUCGCUGGCACCAUCAUUCCCACAGACCUGGAAAGAUAUCGUUUUAACUUCAACUGGGACAAAAGCAAUCGGCUUCCGCCAUCACUGGACUGGAGGGAAAGAGGCCUGGUCACUGAGGUCAAGAUGCAGGGUCCUUGUGGGUCCUGCUGGGCCUUCAGUGCCGUGGGAGCUCUUGAAGGUCAACUGAAGAAGACAACGGGGGUCCUGAAGUCCUUGAGUCCUCAGAACCUGGUGGAUUGUUCCCUUGAGUAUGGCAACCACGGGUGCCAUGGCGGCUUCAUGGCAAAUGCUUUUAAGUAUGUCAAUCAGAACAAAGGCAUCGACUCUGACAUGACCUAUCCUUACCAGGGAAAGCGUGGUCAAUGCAAGUAUAAGGCACAGGACCGUGCUGCAAACUGCUCAGGUUACGUGUACAUCCCAAAGGGGAAUGAAAAGGCACUAAAGAUGGCUUUGGCAACCGUUGGGCCCAUUUCUGUCGCCGUGGACGCUUCACGACCCAAAUUCCAUUUUUACCGUCACGGUGUGUACCAGGACAACACGUGCACACACAAAGUCAACCACGGUGUGCUAGCUGUGGGCUACGGCACAGAAAAGGGGAGCGACUACUGGCUGGUCAAGAAUAGCUGGGGUGUCCGUUAUGGCGACGAGGGCUACAUCAAGAUGGCUCGGAACCAACGCAACCAGUGUGGCAUUGCGCUGUAUGCUUGUUUUCCUGUCAUGUGACCACAUGAUGGCCUUUUUUUUUUUUUUUUUUAAAGAAUGAAUAAAGAUUUGUGCUAAAGA